AUGGCUGAACUAAAUACCAAUACAAAUUCGAUUACAGCAAAAGAUAUUGAAAAGGCAUUGCUUGAAGUCUUAAAUACAACAAUUCGUCGAAAAUUUAAAAUUGAUAGCAAAUUCGUUAAAGACCAUCUAA